UGUCUGAGUUGGCGUCUGAGUUGGUUGAUGGUGAUGGCGACAUAAAACUUAACACAAUGCCUUACAAGCCGAUCAGUCGACAACAUUUCACAUUGGAUGGAGGAAGCAACAAGCAACAGCCGCAGCAACAGCAACGCAGUAGCAGCAGCUAGCAACGGAAAUAUUAACAGUGACAAAGGAAGAACAAAUAACGGAAUAUAAAAAAUAUUUUAGUGUCAUUUUAUAGUUCUUGGAAGCGCCGGACAUUAAACGCACGCAAUUAAAUUAAGUGUUUGAAAAAAAGUUUUUCAAAGAUUGCCUGACAAGUGUUCAUAUGUCAAUAAACGUCUAAAGGGUGCAGAAGUUUUAUAUAAAAAAAAGACAUAAACAUGAAGAGCUAUCAACGAGCUUUGCAUCUGACGCUGCUAGUCAGCAUUUUGACACCGCACUUGACACUCGCCACUUCCCACGACACCUCAGCUGUCGCGAAACCCACCGAGGAGCCCGCCAAGUUCGUUGUCAUCACCGAAGAUGUCAUACCCGAUGUAGAGAAUACAACACAAAAGGUAAUACGCGUCAAUCCACUCGACCUGCCAGCAAUCUCCGAAGACGCCAGCGGCAAUAUGGACUCUUCACUCUAUAAUAUACAGAGUCUACUACCUGCCAACCGCAACUAUGUCAACUCUAAUCAUAUGCGCGCAAAGAAGACACGCACUAAGGAUUCCGUACCCUCGUAUGCCAAUAACAUUGCAGACUCACCGAUUAUAAGACAACUUGCGGAGCCAAAAUUUCACAAACCCAGUCGCAAUCAAAAGAAGAACUUGCACUUCCUCUACAACCAGAACACGCUCGAUGGUCAAAAAGUUAGCAAAACUAUGCGCGUACAUGUGACGCCGGGCGCUUAUCCGGUUUACUAUGCGGUCGCCAAGACAAAUGGCCGUUUUGGUAAAUAUCCACUGAAAGGUUUUCGUACGCCAACGGAGUUUUUAAAAUAUUUAGCUAAAAGUAAGGUGGCGCCAUUAGAGCAGGCGCAGCGCUUGGAGAGUUGAAUCGGUGGUGAGGUGGUGAAAGAGUGUAGGGAAAGUGAAGUAGAAUAGUAGCAUGGUGUAGGAAAAGUAAUUACCUUAAGUAUUAAUGAAUUGACAGUUGUGCAGCGCAGGCAUUCCAAACUCAAAAUAUACGAGGAAGAGCAUACAGAAGUCAGCUUGCACACGCUUAAACUGUCAUUCGUUAGUAGUGUUAGCGCCAAAUUUUGUUAUAUAUAAAUAAUAAAAGAAAAAAAAUAAAAUCUGCUUCAACUUGCCAGUAGUAUUAUAUGUGAUUUGCGUAAUUAGUUUUUAAUUUAUUUAUAUUAUUUUAUUGUAAAAUAUUUUAUCUGUAAACAGCGGCUAAGUGUACUUAAAGUCUUAUAUGUAUAUGUACAUAUGUAUGUCUAUUUUGUAUUUCUAAAAAACG